AUGACCGAAACUGAUGGGGGGCUUAAGACUGAGGCAGUGCCUUUGAGCCGAAUGGCUACGUCCGUUCGUCAGUACGAUGAAGGUAGCUGCUCGGUGUUGAUCCCACAGGGAGACUUUAACGACUCGGUAACGAAUCCCAUUAUUCAUUUGGAGCAACCACCAAGCAGGCAUAGUCCGUACGACAUGGAGAGCCGAAAGGUUAGCCCCUUUCGUCCCACACCCAGCACUCUCCAUAGGAUGGACACAACAAUUGAUAGCACAAUAGACGCUGAUGCGAAUGAUGAUUCCAUCAGCCUUGUUAGCAGACUGUCUUACUCGAGACGAAGGCGCCGGCGCGACUUUUGUGGUCCGGUGGACGCGGCCGAGGAGGAACGACAACGUCAGGAGUUGGAGAAGGCUCUCAAAAACCUAGAGGAGAUGCAGCGGGAAAACAAGGAGCGGAUGAUGAGAAUUGGCUCCACGAUGGCUAGUACGCAUUCGGCACACACCACUGGUAGAAGAGCGUCAUACGACGAUCAGGGCCCGGAGCAGUACCUUCGCACACAAUCCGUAGGCGUGCAUCUCACUCGCGAGGUUCUGAGGCUUCAGAUGUUCGAGCGUGCGGCAACAUCAUUAACGGUACCGGAUCCCCUCAUGGAAGCAAUUAACUCCUCGCGACGUCAACGGUGCAAGGGAUCUGCUAACAAACUUACAUCGCCCAAGACAAAGCGGAACGGCCUUUGGAUGGCUUCAUCGAACAAAAAGAAUGGGGAGUCUCCAGCUCGGCAGUCUCAGUGUCUGGCGCCGAAUAGUUUAGCAACAUGCGCGUCUGCAGAAAGCUUAUCAGUCAAGAAAGACGUGAAUGCCGGUAAAAACCCGCCAGCGGCGACACAAGUGUUGACUACGUCAAAGGAGUUGACCGCGGAGCAGCAUUAUGGCAACGGGAAGGCCACGGUGGCAAAUGGUGGUGGCCGUGCUAAUAAUGGAAAUAACCGUGGCAUGAAUUCCAGUGUUAGCCCUGCAUCAAGCAAGGACGAUCCACAGGAUCAACUUCUUUCCUCCGCUGGUGACGUUAAGAGUGUUAAGAGAGCAGGAAAUCAAGGAAAGAGGACAGUUGGUGGCGGCAGGCCGUCUUCUGGUCGCCCGAGUGGUCGCUCUUCCUCACCACCUAUUAUUAUUUUAACUGUUGACGCCCGUCGACAUAUGGGGGAGGAGGAUGCGCGGCGUUUGCUCAGCGCCAAACCUUUAGAGGGAUAUGAAUCCCAUUCUCACCUGAGGCACAGUAUGGACACUUCCGUACUGUCUAACACGACUGUAAAGCGAGCUGCGCCGCAUGCGUCAAAAGCUACAGAGCCGUUUGCACCUAUGCCUUCAACCGUCAUAGCAGAGAGAGAAAGUGAGAGCAGAGGGAAAGUCACUCCACCAGAGGUGCGGAGAAAUCGGCAGACCAGCGAGACGCGAACUUCCCCAGUAAGUACCAUUGCACUCACGCCAGCGAGUCAUGCCGAUGGAUUUUUAACGCGAGACGAAGUGAAUCGCAAAAGCGGAAGCGUGCAGCUCCACUUGCAGACCACACAACAACCCCUGACGAAAAAUCAGUCAGCAACGACUACAGCUACGAGUCCACAAGCAGAAAAGAAAAAGAAGGUUUCACAAGCCGGAGUAGCCACGCGCACUCAACAACCGGCUAAGCAGCGUUCCGGGAAAGUUACAAACGCAUCGUUGAAAUCUCCUGGAGGCUCUGCGGGGGAUGGCAAGGUUAAACCAUUGAGAACGCAGAUACAACCGACUGCUGGAACAGCGAGAACGGAGCGUCGCAAUGGGGUUGUGCACAGGUCAUCUUUUCCGCGGACGGGAGUUGAACCACUCACUCAGCAACGAACCAUUAUUAAUUUUGGAAGUAGCCAUAAUCAAACAAGCCCUCUGUCCCACGGUGAAUCGCCUUACCCAAUCUACGACAAGGACGGUCGCCGCGUGAAGAAUUCACAUUACAAACUCGGACAAACUACGGUUACUAAUACUACUACUACUACUGCUACUGCUUCCAACGCCCCUGUGGUUACUGCGACUGCUAAUGCCGCCGUUGUGGCUGUGACCACCGUUCGACAGCGUUCCACAGUUGGGAAUCUUAAGAUUCGUCGGAAAAGUUUCACAUCGUUAUCGCCCACAGCGUCGACGGAACGCGAGUCAAUGCGUCCAUUAGCGACAGAUCGCCCUCAGGCAACUACACUCAACACGGUACGAUGUGUGGCACCCGCUCAACAGCAACCAACGAAACAGUUAGUGCCAUUCUGUACGGAAUGUGGUAAACGUCACCUUGAUGAUAAAGUGAAAUUUUGUGCUUUCUGUGGUCACAAACGUGAAUUGGCUUGA